AUGGAACUUUUAGCAGCUAUUAACGAAAAGGAAAACACCCUGAAGCAAACUGACCGUAAUGAUCUUGAAUCAUUCUUCUACGUUGUCAUAGUCGGCUGUUUGAGCUAUGGUUGUAAAACAGCCUCAGACCAUCUGUAUCACUGGUCUGAGGCUAACACUAUUGCUUGCCCUAACGCGAAGGAAAAUUAUAUCAUAAUUCGAUUUCAAAGUAAAAUAAUCGAUUACUUCACACCCGUGUUUGAACGUGUUCAGGAUCUGGCAUGGGGUCUUCGCGAAAUACUCUUUGAAGAUAAAUCAGUGGGAUACGGGACACCGGAAGUACCCAAUGUGUUAGAUGAUACUGUAAUUCGUGUCUUGGAUGACACUAUCAAGAAACUUGAAGGUGAGAAAGUUUUCAAUUAA